AUGACAUCCACUAUACCUCCUUCAAAGGGAGCAUAUGUCCCUCCUCAUUUACGAAAUAGACCUAUAUCAACUCCCGCUGCUUCUUCUUCUUCUUCCUCAUCAAGAUACGAUGUUCCAGCCACCCCUUCUUCAAGAUCACAUUCCUCCGCCCCGAAUUCAAGUAGAUCCCAAUCGCGUACACCGUGGUCAACUUCUUCCCCUUCUUCAUCUUCACAUCCUGGUAGAGCACAUUACAGUAACACCCAAUCCCCACGUUCCACUGGAUACGGUAAUGCGUUCCCAUCAGGGAGCGGAAACACAACCACAAACGGUCUCGGACUUGGUCAUAGACAGAAACCAUCAGUAUCAUCGAAUGGCGGAUCUUCAGGUUAUUCUUCAAGUCCAUCGCUAUAUGUAUACGGAGAUAGUUUCGUUGGACCAUUUAAGUUAUUUAGAGAAGACAGCGUUAGGGUACAAACCUUCAAAGGAUCUUCUGCGAAGGGUUUGAAUAAUCCAAAUUCUAUUAAACAAGUCUCCAGGGAUCUCGUUCCCCUCAUGAAUAAUCUCUUGGCUCCUCCGCCUUAUGCUUAUAUGCCAUCAGCCGGAAGAUGGAUUAUGUUGGUAUUUGGCAAUGUCGACUUACAAAUCAAUUACCUUUGGCAACUCGCCAAUAAACCUCUCACUCCCCUCUCCUUUCCUUCAUCUUCCCCUUCCCAAUCCUCAUCAGCUAUCACAGAUGACGAAGAGGAUCAAGACACAGAUAUCAUUCCUUCAGAUCCUCAUCACCAUACCCGUAGACCCUCAAAUGUACUUGCCACAGCGACUGAGACCUCAGCGACUGGACCUGCGUUAGGACCAGAAUUGUUUGUCGAGAAUGUAGUGAAAGCAUACACAGCAUGGCUAGAAAGGGAUAUCAUAAAUGGACCCAUUGGGAAAAGAAUCUCCGGAGCAAAGGAGGAUUCAAUUCCUACCUCUGAUUCGGUAAGACGUAAAACCCCACCAUCAAAAGUACUCAUCGCAGCUGCUUUACCUCCUUUGGUGGAAGACGAAUUAUUACCUCGUAUACCUGAAAAAUACGUUGAGAGAUUAGAAGAAGAUCAUUCAAAGGCUCAAAGAGCUUUCGAAAGAGCUUCAUCGACCCCAGCUCCUAACGUGACUCUGGAGGAUAAUGCAAAUGGAACUGGAACUGGAUCGAAGACCCCUUGGGCUAAAAACGGUUCACCUAAGUCUACGAACGCCAAUCUGGAUCAAGACGAACUGGAAGUUGGUUUAUCAACUUUGUCUGUAUCGGAUAACAGAACUCCCAAUUCACCAAUAUCAUCUUCUUCAUCUGCAUCUGCAUCCUCUGCCUCCGCUCUAUUUGACUCUCAAAGAACAGCCAAUUCAAUAUCGACUAUGGCAUCUUCCAUUCACUCUUCAACCUCACGUAAGGAGAAAGAUUCGAGUAAAACACCAAUAUCGGUCCUACUGAAUAACGAUCCGCCUUUAUGUACAUUACCUAUACGAGUUCAAAUGACUAAUCGGUACAAUACUCUCUUACGUGAAUAUUGUGAAAGAUAUCCCGAUAUAUUAUCAUUUAUCGACAUCUCCCCGGCCAUGUCAACAGGAUCUGAAAACCCUUCGGUCCACGGAGAAGUAGAUCGAAACGUCUGGGCAUGUCCUGUAGAUCCAACAAACGUACAUCCCCUAUGGGAACCUACAUUACCACUUUGGAAAGACGAGUUGAAAAGACACGGUUUACCAACUGAUACAUGGAGGAUAAGUGAAGAUGCCGAAGAAACUUUCUCAGCUUAUGAAGCUGAUAAAAGGAGAAGAACUGAAAAAAGAGGUGAUCAAAGAUCGGAUAGAAUCAAGUUGAGAGAUGAGUAA